CGCGAAAAUGGCCAAAACAAAGCCAGCAGACCGGAAAGCGAAAAAGAGCGCAAAGUCUGGCGCAUCGAAACCAAAGGCAUCGGCCGAGGAUCUGUUGAUGCAAGCGGCGACUUUUCUCCAGACGUCACAGCCAGAGGAGGCGCUCGUCGCCGCACGAAGAGCGCUGAACCUACUUCAACCCGGUACCUCGAAGCCUUCGGCAGCCGCGCUGCCCGCCUUGAACCUAAUCGGCGAGAUCAACGUAGAGCUGGGUGACGCAGAUUCCGCGCGCGAAGCAUUCCAAGCGGCCAUUGCCCUCGACCCACAAGGCGCAAACGAUGGCGCCGAAAAAUUUCUCUGGAUGGCACAAUUGAACGAGGAGGGCGGUGCAGAGAGCGUGCAAUGGUUCGAGAAAGGGAUUGAAGUGCUCAAGAGGGAGAUUAGCGGGCUCGAGGGGAAGAUGGCCAAGAAGGACGAGAUUGAGGAGCUGGUGGAGGAGAAGAGGCAGAAGAUUGCAAACUCGCUCUGCGGCAUUGCUGAAGUCUACAUGACGGAUCUAUCGUGGGAAGACGACGCCGAAGCACGAUGCGACGCCGCCGUCACCGAAGCGUUGCUAUUUGCACCAGAGAAUCCCGAGCCCCUCCAGACGCUCGCGUCGAUACGCAUCUCACAACUCAAGCCCGACGAGGCGAGGUCUGCGCUCAGACGAAGCAUGGACCUGUGGAAAGACCUCGACCCCGACGAUGCAAAGGUGCCCGACUACUCGCUUCGCAUCAGUCUUUCGCGCCUUUUGAUGGAAGCCGAAAUGGAAGACGAAGCGAUUGAAGUGCUGGAGCGAUUAGUGGGCGAGAACGACGGCAGCGUGGAGGCGUGGUAUCUGGGCGGGUGGUGUCUGCACUUGCUAGCAGGGAAGCAAAAGGCCAAAGGGGAGGACAAGGUUGCGACGUCUCUGCUGCGUGCGAGCCGCGACUGGCUGGAAAACUGCCUGAAACUGUACGCAAUGCUCGAGUAUGAGGACGAACGGCUGAAGGAGCAUGCCGACGAGCUCCUUCAGGAGCUAAAUGGCGUACUCGGGCCUUCUACGGGGGCGGAGGACGAGGAGGAAUGGGAAGACGAGGACGGCGAGGAUGACGACGAGGACGAGGACAUGGACGGGACCGGUACAUCGCCGCCGCCAAUGGGCUUGCUCCCCUGCCCGCCCCGCGCAUUCGAGGCCCAUGGCACGGCCACUGCCCGCCAUUGGCUUCUGUCCAUCUUCCUGACCAUCAUCAUCUCGGUCCUGCUGUGCUACCAAGCCGUCUUCCAGGCGGACAGUUCCGCCGCCGCCGGCCUGCGCAACCUGCCCAAACAUGUGUGGACCUCGACGACCGAAGUCGACGGCGAGCGGCACGCCGAUGUCGUCGUGCGCCAGAUCUGGAUCCACGGCGACUACAUGAACGCCAUCAACCUGCCCGUGCUGCGCGAGGCGCUGCAUGUGCAAAACGCCCUUGUCAACGGCGGCUUCGGCUUCAACGACGACGGCGCUGCCUCGCAUACGCAUGGGAACACACCGCCCGGCCCUGGCCCUUCCGGCUGCGUCUUCCCCAGCCCCGGCGACAAGUGGGGCUGGCACUCGCCCUUGAUGUACUGGAACUGCUCGCUGCGCGCGCUCGAGGAGGAUGACAAUUUGCUGGGGACCAUCAACGCGCACAUGCGCAUGCGCUCGCCCGUCAACAUCACGCUGCGGCCCAGCACCGUCUUCGCUGGCAAGUCGUUUGCCAAGACGAAGCUUCGCGCGGCCGACGCCCUCGUCAUUACGCUGUACGAUAUGUCCAAUUCGAGCGUCGGAGACACGUGGGACGAACGAGCACGCCACCUGGCCAAAGAAAUAUCCCCCGACUGGACCGUUUUCCCCUACGACGCCCAGGCUACGCGCAGCCGCCUGUUUGAGUUCAGAUUCAAGCCCAUGACGCUCAACGACGACCUGUUCUUGGCUGCGUCAUAUCUUGUAACUGCAGUGUACGUCAUAGCGAGGAUGAAACAGUUGCGGGCCGUCAAGAGCUGGUUCGGCCUGCUCGUUACAAUAUGUAUGAAGAUGACCAUAUGUGUAAUUGCAAGUUUCACCCUUUGUACCCACCUUGGCAUUGAUUUGGGGCGGAUCCCCCGGCCAUGGUUUCCUGCUGUAGUUUUUUGUUUUGGCUUGGGGAAUAUAUUUCGAUUGAUUAAUGUCGUCCUAGAGACACCUCCAGAGAUGCCGCCUCACCAGCGCAUCGGCAAUGCACUGGGUGAGGUCGGCCACCUGUCGCUUGCCAUUGCAGUUCAGAAUCUCGCCCUGCUUUACUUUUGCUCCCGACUCGUCACGCCCUGGGUAGCCGACUUUUGCGUUUUUGCCGCCGUUACCCUCGUAUUUGAUCUUGUAUUCCAUUUAACCUUCUUUAUUGCCGUCCUGAGCGUUGAUGUGCAGAGGAUGGAACUCUCCGAUUCGCUAGAACGUAUCGAUCUCCACAAGAAUAUCAAGACCACCAAGGCCGACCGUCAAACGUGGCUUGGUGCAUUAAGAGAAGGUACCUUGCCACUCAGUACCCGUUUUGCAGGGACUGUCGCCAUCUUCUCCGUCAUUGUCGCCAUCAAUUGGCACUUCUUCGACAGCGAUGACAAGGCACUGUCAUUGAGCAAGCUUCGGCAAAGUUUCACAUCCAAAAGGCGCAAGCGCUCCAUCGAGGCAGUAUGGAGCCGGCCGCCAAUCAAUCAGGCUAGGACGCCCGCUGAUUGGCUUCGACUCCAAGACCACAACACGGCUCGGGAAUUGUUUGCUUUCAUCAAGCCUGGAGCCCAGACAUUUGUGGCUCGCAUCUACAAUCCAAUCUUGGUGGUGGCCAAGGGAGCACAAGGACGUGAUCGGCCUCAGCCACCAAUAUCGCUCAUCGACGGGCUCCGCCGCUUUUCCCAAGGACAUGCGUUUCCAGUAGCCUUGAUUGCUGUUAGCCUGAUUGCUAUUGUGGCUUUGUUCAUGAACUACCUUCUUUGGACAGGCCUCCCAAGAGCUGCAGAGGACAGCGAUGAUGAGGAAAGUGAGUUUUGCGUCAAGACACUACCAACGCCGCAAAACCUGGACGUUGUUCAGCUCGCUGCUUGCCCAAGAGGCCACCUUGCGAGCACUGCAGUGAUGAAGCCCAAGCUCUGGCCCAUCUAUGCUACGGCCAUGGACGAUGGUGGGAGCAUCCUAGCGAUAUGCGGGCAGACGGGCCAGAUUGGCCUUUGGGACAUACCUGCAUCGCGGUUCCUCAUGUUUCCGCACAUUGACAUUCGGGGUCAUGCGCCCAUGCUUUUUACCUUUGUCACACUCAAGACACGGACAGACGCGGAAAAGCUAUACCUCAUUGUCGUUAGCCCCGACGGACACCUAACCAAGCUGGAGGCUCGUACAGGCAUCCACCACACGAGACGGAUUGCGCCUAGCGCUAUCCUGUGCAGCUCAAUCUACACUUCGGAGAAGGGCGACAGCAGCCUUGUCUUUGUGACGAAGCCUGGCGAAGUGCACAUAUUGUCGCUCAAGGAAGAGAACAACUACACGUCGGAAGUGGUUGCAGGGCUGGAUCCAGGACCACCUCCCGGCAGCAACCCAGCCAAGAUACGAUGCAUCCAUGCUGUUCCCAGCCUUGGACUCAUGUUUGCGCUCCGAGACGAGGAAGCGGAGAUUUUUGACUUUGCCAGCCGUGCGCUGGUGCACGCGUUCCCGAUUGGACAUGUUCGACCGCAUUCGUUCAGGGUGCUGCACUCGGUGCGACGAGUGUGCCAAUGCGGAGCACCGGCAGUCAAUACACUCUCUGUUGCGUAUGCAGAGUACGACUCGAAGCACAUGCUGAUGCAGACAUUCAGCCUUGACGACAAGACACCGUCGCAGAUGUGCCUCGGCAAGCCGCUAGAUCGGGAGAAGCAUGGGUGUCGGGGACUCGAGUGCGCAACGGAGACGGUGCAUUCGGUCGAGGCGGCCGGAGCAUGGGAGUCGACGGACGCGCUGAGCGUGGUUGGUAUCCGAAGAUGUACAGCGCAGUCGCCGACGCCGUCAUCAACACGGUCAGGGAUGGAGGAUGGGUACCAAGGCAUUGAUGCAACAGCACUCGCUUCUGCACUCAAGCAGCGGGCUCAACGCCAAGGGAAUGCGACGCGGCCAAGAUGUGGGGGUGCAGCGUUCAUCAGAGACGGGCGGGCGGAGGACUCGUUUGACGACUGCGAGGACGCGUGGGAGAUAUGGACACUGUCGACGGCGGGCAACUUCCGGUCCAGGCCGCUGAUACCAGAUGAAGUGGACGAGGCAACGGGCCUGGCAUACGAAGAGGAGCUGUUUGUAGCGGCGCCUGGGCCGAUUGUCAAGCUGGGCAAGCGGAGCAUUGCCGUGGGAUUUGGCAAUACAGUCAAGGUCAUCACGGUAGGCAAGGAGUCGUUUGAUGGGCUGACCAGCAUGCAGAGUGGCGCCAUGGACAUUGGGCUGGGGACAUACAAGUGGAGAGCGCGGAAGGCUACUGGGAGAAAAGUCCAAUGA